CCCCAUGUCCCCCCCCCCCCCGCUUCUGCUUAUUUUGAUUUUGCGUACCGUUUCACAUUACACGGAUUUAGCUUUUUGUGUAAAAUUCAUAAUAUGUCAGUUAGAUAGAAAGACAGCACUCGAUGUUAGGUGGCCAAUACUGAGUAAUCUCAAACAAAGACCUUUUAAAUAUCCGUGUUGAUUAAUAAAAUAGUCAUGUUGCCAAAACCUAACCUCCGAUGCUUUGGUACCUGCCAAGCUUUACUAAAACAAAUCCCAACUGACCUGAAGGGGCGUAAAACAAGUUCUCAAGAAUGGUUGAAACGUCAAUUCAAGGAUCCAUAUGUUGAAAAAUCUAAACUCCAAAACUAUAGGAGUCGCAGUGCUUUUAAGUUGAUUGAAAUAGAUGAAAAGUUUAAGUUCCUUAAUCCUGGACUUACUGUCGUUGACUGUGGAGCAUCUCCUGGUGGCUGGACACAAGUGGCUUCUAAUCGGUGCAACGCAGAUGCAAAUGAUGCAAAUGCUCCUGUAGGUACAGUGGUAGGGAUUGAUUUAAUUAAGAUCCACCCCAUACCUGGUGCAACUUUACUUAGUCCAAUGGAUUUUACCUCACCUGUCACUCAAAAGAAAUUACUCGAAGUUUUAGAUGGUAAACUUGUGGACGUAUUUAUGAGCGAUAUGGCCCCUAAUGCAACAGGACUUGCAUCUCUAGAUCAUGAACAAAUUAUAAGUUUAAAUAUGCAAGCAUUACGGUUUGCACUUCAAGUUUCAAGGCCUGGGAGUGUUUUACUAGUUAAAAUUUGGAAUGGUGGUUUGUUAAAGACCUUUCUUCAAGAUUUAGAAAAAUUUUAUUGUAAAGUUCAGAUUGUUAAACCUCCUGCAAGCCGAAAAGACUCAGCUGAAAUAUAUAUUUUCAGUCAAGGCUUUAAAGGCUUAAAAAAAUAAAAUAUAAUAACCAGAAAAAUACAGAAGUAGGUUUUUAUAUGCUGGUGGUUGUGUGGAAUGAAUAAAACAAUCUGUUGAUAUGUUCCAAUCCCAAUUUAUUCUUCAGAAGUUAUACAAUGUUAAACCUAAACUUGUAACAUGUUAACACUACAAUUAUAUUUCUGAUAGCUGUAUGAGUCAUUGAUAAUCCAACAUAGCAGCAGAGAGAAGAAAAAAGUGAUUGAAGAUUAUUGUAAUUUUCUUAAAAUCAUGGUACAAGGCCUUAGAUUCUUCUUUGGAAGACAUUGUAAACAAAUGCAAAAGUAUCUAAAGGGAGGCAGCAAUACACUAAGCCCAAAGUAAUCCCAUAAGUUUGAAAGGAACCAUCAUAGAUCCUCAAAAUAGCAUGGAAUUUAAAUUGGUUUUACACAUAUCACAAAGUUCAGUGUACAUGUUGAUAGAUGCUAAAUUUUGUUGAAUUUUUGUUGGUUUCCAAAUCAUAGCCACAGGUUACUUUCAGUUGAAGGUAAUUAUGCAUAGUUGUGCCCAUAAAAUGUCUCUCCAGUCUGUUUAAAAUCUACACAGCACCAGAAAACUGUAAGUGUCUGGAAAAAAUAUAAAUAAUACUACACAUUCCUCAAUACUUCCCUACUUGAUUCAGGCCAAACAAUUUAAGUCCACAGGAUAUGACUCUUCAUUGAUCCUCUACGUUGGCCUGGACUUUUCAUUUGGAGGCCUGGUUUUCAACAAGCAGAACUUUCACCAAAAAUUUUGUUUAUUGUCGAACAAUCAAAGUCACUUUCUUUUUCUUUCUGAAUUCCUUCAAUAGCUACAAAACUCAUUCAUGGGCACAUUCAUACCUCCAUUAUGCGAUAUGUACCUUGGUUCCGACUAUCAGAAAUUGAUGUGUACUGAAAAGAGAUAUGUGAACAUAAAAAUGAAAUGGUUCGA